GAGUCGAUGUGACAAGUGGCAACGCUGGCAAUAACACCCAGUUUGACAAUUAUCUUGUCAACAUGUAUUCUUAAAAUGUAUAGGCGCACUUAGCUGAAAACAAACGAGCUUUUCUUUCAUAUCUUUGUCUUAUUAAUUUCGAGACCCCAUUUUUCAAAUCUUCAAUACAGUCAAAAAAACCAAUACCAAAACAUCUGCUUUUAUUAUUGUUCGCUUUCAUAGUUCUAUUGACGAUCAUUAAAAAUGUCAGACUUGAAAAGUUUGGAGCACCCGACCCUUAAAGUGCCAUAUGAAUUUUUGAACAAAAAAUUUCGUUGUACCCAAAAAGCACUCGAUCGAGAAGUGUCUCAUGUACAAACUACUGCAAAUGAGUUGGAGAAAGUUUUGACAAUCGAUGAAACUCCUGUUACAUCCGAGAUGUCAAGGCUUCUUGGUGGAGUUGUUGCUAGACUCCACGUGCUCAAAAGGAAAGCAGGCGAGUCCAUUGCUGAAGAAUUACAUACGGGUAUGGUGUGUAAAAGACGAUUAGACCACUUAAAGGAACAUGCAAAUACGACUCCAAGUGUUGUCAAUCGGUGGAGACGACAAAGACUCGAUCGAAUGCUGGUUGAGUACUUUCUACGUAAAGGCUACUACAAAACAGCCCGAAAGCUUGCUGAUACAACUGAUCUACAAGAUCUCACAAAUAUUGAUGUUUUUAUGGUAUCGAGAGAAGUCGAAAUAUCUUUGGCAAAUCACGAGACUGCCAGGUGUCUUGGAUGGUGUCACGAUAAUAGGUCGAAGCUUCGAAAAUUAGGCAGCACAAUGGAAUUCAAUCUUCGUGUGCAAGAGUUCAUUGAACUUAUCAGAGUCGAUCGGCGUCUUGAUGCUGUAAAACAUGCACGUAAAUGUUUUGCAAACUAUGAUGACUAUCAGUUACAAGAGAUUCAGAGCUGCAUGGGUCAGUUGGCAUUUCCUGCAAAUCCUCACCAUAGCCCUUACAAAGAUUUGUUGGAUGAGAAAAGAUGGGACAGACUCGUUGAACAAUUUCGACAUGAGAAUUACAGACUUUUCCAAUUAGCAAGUCAAAGUGUUUUUACAGUUGCACUUCAAGCUGGAUUAUCUGCCCUCAAGACAUUACAGUGUUAUAGUGCUAAUAAAGAGGGCAAAAACGCAAGCUGUCCUGUUUGCCAUGAAGCUCUUAAUGAUUUAGCAGCAACGCUACCUUUUGCUCACUGCUCUCAGUCUAGACUGGUUUGCAGCAUUAGUGGUGAACCAUUGAACGAGUAUAAUCAACCAAUGAUGAUGCCAAAUGGAUAUAUUUAUGGAGAAAAGGCACUUCAAACAAUCGCAAAAGAAAACAACGGCGCUGUGAUGUGCCCAAAAACCAAAGAAGUAUUUUCCUUCAAGAAAAUUGAAAAAGUUUACGUCAUGUAAAACGUAUUAUUUUAUGCUGUACUAUUAUCAUAUAUAAAAUGCUGCGUAAUUCAUAAUAAAGCAUUAACAGUUGCUAUUUUAGAUAACAUUCUAUUUAAAAAAUGUAAUACACUCGAACAAUAAUAAUAAUAAUAAUAAUAAUAAUAAAUGUCGAAAUAUUUU